GCUCUCACCAUGUCUGACAACAACAAGCCUUCGCAGCCAAUUCCAAUCCAAAGACAUCGUUCGCCUUCCAGCUCUGGUUCCCUCUCUUCCUCUGCCAGUGAUUCUGAACCUCUUAGAACUCCAGUCACUCCUUAUUCUCCCUCCAAAGUCUCCAUUCCUUCCCCAGGAAGUUCUCCCAUCCUCUCCUACUUCCUCGCUCAGUCUCCGACUUCAUCAAAAGCCACGACUCUUCCCUUCCGUUCCAAGUUUUCUACCACCACUGCGCCUGUCUUUGAGGCAGAAGAAGGCGAGCCCCAUGCAGCACGUCACGCUCGCAGGGCCAGCACCACCGUAGCCGACCGUUUCACCCAACAGCCACCCCAAACCACUCUCCCUGAUAACCGUCUCGACCGCGGCACCGGUCUCUUACGGAGACUCUCCCUCUCAACCGCUGCUCCCAAUCUAAACCGACCCGGUCCACCAGCCCCGCCCAACUCCGCUGUAUCCCCAACUAGUCCUCAAUCACUUCCCCCAUUUGCUGAACCUAGCUCAAAGACGAAAGCCAGACGAUCGAACACUCUCGCUGCGCCUAGGAGAGCUCCGUCGCCUAUGGGCGAGAGGAUACUCAAGGGUCAUUUCGAUGGGUUUAACUAGUUGGUUUGUCCUCCUUACCCCUGUAGCUAUAGAGAUAAAAAACAGGUGUACCUUUUGUCGUUGCAUUCGUUCGUUUUCAAUGUCCGAUAUGUUCUUUUUUUUUUUGUUUUCAUGUGUAAAACCAGUAUUCGUCCAAUUUGGCCUCUGUGUGUAGGAUAAAAAAGAACUUAUUCAUAUGUGCAAUAUCGAGUUAUAUCCAGAGUAUUCCAUCUCGCAGCCUG